AUGUCUGCAGCCCAUGUUCUCCUCCGGCCAUCCGCCCUUCUGUCCCGCUGCCGGCCACCAAGAAGAGCCCUGGUCCCUUCAUCCUGCACUUUCGUCUCGUCUGCAUCCUUCAACAGCAGCACCCCUCCAUCGCCAACCCCGGCAGCCCAGCCAUCCAUCCCAGAAUCAAGCGUAGAGGCAGCCGGGCAAGCCACCUCAUGGAUCGACCAGCUAUCCGACUUCCUGAUCUCUCAGCCCCUCCAGCCAUUGUCGUAUACCGCCACCGUCAUCCUAGCCACGAUCUUGGUGAGAUCAACAACAACCCUGCCCAUCUCAAUCUGGGCGCGACUUCGAAUCAAUCGCUUCGAAAGGGUCGUCCUGCCCACUUUCAAAGCCUUCCGCACGAACCUCGCUCUCCGCGCCAAGCGGGCCUUCCUCGACCCCGCUCAGAUAGCGCUCUACCAAGCGCAUCUCCAAUCCCAGCUGAAGCGCGAGCUGGACCGGCUGAUCUCGGAGAAUCGAUGUCGACCAGCGGUGACGAUCGUGGGCUCGCUGGCCAUCCACGUGCCGGUGAUUUACGGUCUGACGACGGUGCUCAGGACCGCCUGCGAACGGGUCCCUCCCGGCUUUCCGUUGGCCAUCGAGCCCUCCCCGAUUCUCGGAGCUAGUCUGCUCGAAGCCGACCUUGCACUCGCCUUGGUCUGCUGGGCCGCCUUCCUGGUCAACAUCGAGCUUAAUGCGAGCUUCCGCUACCUCCGCCGGUCCACCGCCCCUUCAGCUUCAUCGGCAUCUACCCCCUCCCAGAUCAGGAAUCCUACUUCGUUUAUCGCUAGAGGGUUGAGCUUUUGGACCCCUGAAAAAAUCCGCUCCGCUUCUUUUCUGGCAGGCGUCGGCAUGAUGGGCAUCUCUUCCUCUCAGCCAGCUCUGGUACUCAUCUACUGGCUUACUUCGAACUGCUUCUCGAUCGUCCAGAGCCUCUGUUUCAUAUACCUUGACCACCGCCAUAACGUCCUGAAAUCCGGCUCAAAAGAUCUUCUGGUGGCAGAUGCUUCUGAAGCCCAGCGACCGCUCCCAACCGCUGCUACUCAUCAAGAAAUCAGCUCAAGAGCUGCCUCCAGUCAUCCCCGGAAUCAUCAUCAGCUUCCCAAGCACUCUUCGGGUCGACAAAAGCCUCGGAAACCUCCUCCUUCCUGA